GCAUUCAAGGGGCCCCAGGGUGGAGGUGACUGAGAGCGCUCUCUUGAGUGUGGCCAGAGAAGACCACACCAGCAGAGGGAUGAGAUUCCUGUCACUGCUUCUCUCAGCCAUGCUGGCCACCGGAGGCUUCUCCACAGAGGAGAAGAAAAUAGCUGUCCACCUCCUGGAGGACACCCCUGAGGUCAUCAUUGCCUACAAAGUCCUGGAGGUUUUCUCUAAAAGCCGCAGAGUUCUCCUAACCUGCCACUCACCUCAGAAGCCCCCACCAGUCACGUACUCCCUCUGGGGGGGUAGGGACAUUGAGGUCGCAAAGAAAGUGGUGAGGACCAGAGCCCCGGCCUCCUUCAACAUCAGCAUCACUCUCAAGUCCAGGCCAGACCUGCUGACCUACUCCUGCCAGGCAGCCUUCCCCACGGGCGAGCGCAAGGCCAGCUCCACACUGCAGAUGUACUGGGAGCUGUGGGCCAAGCCCAUAUCCCAGCUGCAAGCUGUCUUCACCCUGGUAGACAGCAGCUCAGGCCCAAGGAUGGAGCUGUCCUGCAAGGUGUCUUCGGGCAGCCCCCCUAUCACCUACAGCCUGGUCGGGAGGGAUGGGCAUGUCCACCUGCAGCAGAGACCAGCCUACGGGCUGCCAGCCAACUUCUCCUUCCCACUCAGCCAUGUGUCCAAUUGGUUUCAGUGCCAGGCCAAGAAUAACAUCAGCAUCCAGGCCAGCCCCCUCACAUUGGUGCCCCCAGGCCAGCUGCCUCGAGGGCCCAUCUUUGUGCUGGUGGGCAGCCUUGCCACCAUCAUAGCCGUUACCUCUGGGAUGCUGGGCCAGACUAUGUGGACCAGGUUGUGAGCAGAAAAUGCAGCUUGGCAGUGGCCCCAGGAGAGCCCAGAUUCCUGACCCCUUCAGAACGACAGCUCCCUCACCUGCCCUCUUAUUUGAGUGAAGAGAAAGCCUGCCUGCCUGAUUCUUGGGACCCUGGUGUCCUGUUUGCAGGUUUUCCUGUGGAUUCUGGCUGGUGGGAGGGGGUGGGUGUCUGCCAACACCCAUCAAAAAGUCUGCCAUGGGCCGUGUCUCUGCGGGAGGGAAGAAUCGGGGUAGACAGUGGAAAGGCACCACUGCACCAACUGCAAGAUCUCCUGCUCCUUCUGCACCCUCUUCCCUGCAGUGUCCACCCAGCUCUUCGUGCCCCGCCCACUCAGCUCACCUGAUAGACAUUGUUUAAUUAACCCUGUUAAUCCUUGCCUGCAACUCCCAAAUGCUGUCUGGUGCUGCCUCCUGCCCAGUCAUAAGCAGUUCCAGCCUUUCCUGGUCAGAAGCUGUGAACCUUUUCCCGUAAUGAACAAGAAUAAACUCUGCCCCCUGUCGGCCA